CAUUCGCCCGUGACCAGGCGCCGAGGUUUGCCUCCAGCGGGAGCGUUUGGCUGGAUCAGUACCUCAUUUAUCACGCACCUCCACACACACACACACACACAUACCUGUUGCUGGACAUGGGAUUCCUGCUGACCAAGAUGAUGGCUGUGUUCGGGGACAGAGAGCACAAAGUCAUCAUUGUGGGUUUGGACAACGCCGGGAAGACGACCAUCCUCUACCAGCUUGUGACAAAGGAAGCCGUCCACACGUCACCGACCAUUGGCAGCAACGUUGAGGAGGUCACCGUACGGAACACGCGCUUCUUGGCGUGGGAUGUCGGAGGGCAGGAGAACCUUCGAGCCAGCUGGUACUCGUACUACUGCAACACAGAGAUCGUCAUCCUGGUUGUGGACAGCACCGACCGGGAACGCCUGACUCUGACCAAAGAAGAGCUGCACCGGAUGCUCGCGCAUGAGGACCUGCAGAGCGCCGCCAUUCUCAUUCUGGCCAACAAACAGGACGUGAAGGGCUCGAUGACGGCGGCAGAGAUCUCCCAGUGCCUCACACUCGACUCCAUCACCACACACUCGUGGCAUGUCCAAGCCUGCUGCGCCCUGACGGGAGAGGGUCUACCUGCCAGUCUGGACUGGAUGAGGUCGCGGGUUGUACCAAACUAAGACGCCGCCACGCCCCCCCCCCCAGCGGAUCAAUUUUCCUGAAACUGAGCCAAACCUCAAAGAUGCUGAACAGGGCCACAAUGUCGGGAUCCAUUACAGUGUUUAAGGGGAAAGUCCCCCGUGAACAUGGCAUCUGUGACAGAGCCUGAGUUGCCACACCCACAGUGCAGUAUGU